AUGCAGAAUGCCUGGUGCGCUAUCCGCGGGGCCGUCAACGAAAUCAAUGCGGUUCUGCUGUCGGAAGAUGACGAUGAAGAAGAAGACGAGGAGCAGCAAGUGGCAGAGGCAGCAGCAGGGAGGCGGCUGCCUGCUGAGAGGGAUUUACCCUUGCUGCUGCAGCAGCAGCAGCAGCAGCAGGAGGCUAUAGCACGCCAGCUGGAGCUAUCAGAGUCUGAGACGGCCAAGUAUGCCCAGCAGCUCGCCAGCCUUCGUAAGGAGUGCCGCCAGCUGCGUUCGCGUCUGGCUACUCAGCAGCAGCAGCAGCAGCAGCAGCAGCAGUCAGAGGACACGGGCAACGCUUCAGGUGCAGCAGCAGCAGCAGCAGCAGGGUCAAGUAGGGAGAGCAGCAACCUUGGCGCUGCGCAGUUCGAAGACUUGUCUCAGCCUCUCCAGCGGCUAGCGCAGGCCUUGCGGGUGCCAGCUAGCCAGCUAGCUAGUCAGCUAGCUACCCCAGGAACUGAUCCCUGGGAUGUCUAUGAAGAGCUCUGCAGCAGCCUCGAGAGAACAGUAAAAAUGGCGGAGUUCAUCAAUGUCGAAUGGGAACAUACAAAAGAGGAACACGGGGGUGUGCCUACAGGAUCCGCCACUUUCCAGACUCUGCUUGCUCGUCCUUUGGUUCGAACUCUGCCUGCUGAGCUGCGCCGCUGGCUGCACAGCCCCAGCUUAACAGCAGAGGGUUCAGUAGAGGGGGCCCCUGGGGCCCCCUGGGGGGCCCUCGCAGAAAUCAAUCAGCAAACCCUCGCUCUCGUGGGCUGCAUAGAGACGGCGAAGAAACUCGUGCAGUGCGCUGGGGCCCUAUCGGUUGCAGCAGGGAGUCUAACUGAGGCUGGGGGGCCCCCCAUGGGGGCCCCUCAUUCUCGUGGGGGUUCGGCUGUAGCGACACCGCGGGCAAGCGACGAAGUUGGCAGCAAUGGGGAGGGGCCGCCUGACCCUGUAGAGGUCUCAGAAGCAGAAAGGAGGCUGAGACAAGAAGUAGCAAAGAGGCUGCAGCUGCAGCACCAGACAGCAGCGCUGCACCGCCGUGUUUUGGAGUUGACAGAAGACUUAAAAGACGCACAAGAAAGAAUUGAAGAGCAACGAGAAGCAGAACGCGAGAGAGCGAAACAUGCAGGCAGCGAAGAGACAGAAGGACUCAAGGAGCAGCUGGGAAGGGCCACAGAACAACUCGAAACCGUCAGGCGCCUCUACAAGGAGCUGCUGGCCAACUACGAAAAGCGACAGAGCGGCAAUGUGCAGGAUGCCUCAGAAGAACUGACAGGGGAGAAUAAGGAUCUUCUUCUUCAACUCCGCUCGUGGCAGGCAUCGCAUGCUGCAGUUUCCCGCGCUCUGCAAGAAGCCUUGGGAGAGUUAGCAGAUCUUAGGGGAGAGGCAGCAAGGGUUCAUGCACUUGAGAAAGAACUGGAGACGGUGAAGCGAGAAACUGGAAGGCUGGAGGAAAUACGCGAAAUUCAGAGCCUCUCAGAAGUUGAAUUGAUCAAAGCUCAUUCCGAAAGAGAUGAAAUGGAAAAAGAACUCCGCGAGACAAAAAUGGCUGUGGAAAAAUACGCACGUGCCUUGAAGAGAGUUCAGAACGAAACUCUCAAGACGAAAAUCGAAGACCUAGAGAAACAGCUAGCAGAGGCUGAGCAGCAACGCAAUCAGGCAGCAGCAACAGCAAAAAAACUUGAAGAAGACAACAAGACCAUCUCGGAAGGCAUGCAAAAGCUUCUGCAAAAGCUGCACGCACAAGUCGACGAUCAGGACUAUUUUGUGGACAAGCGAAUUGUUGCGCAAAUGAUUGCCAAACACCAGGAAAUGCACAGCGGCGGCCUCUCUGAGCAGUUUGUGGAGUUUUUAAAUGGCGAAGUUUCGUAG